CGUUGAAUCAACUCUCUCCACGUCAUUUGUCCAUCCUUGAGCACUUCACUUCUUGCUGCAGUUUCUCCGUCCCGAUUCGAGUGCAUCGAGCUCUAUUGGCAGACGGGGAAAAUUCCUCCGUGGUGCUCAAAUUUCGCCAAUCUAAUUUUCCUCUCCUCCUUUGUCUCAGUCGGAACACUGCCGUCUCCCCUCUGCCUUUGGGUCAUCACCCGCUAACAUGAUGUUUCGAAGUGUCCUUUUGUGUCUACUAGUCGCAGUCGUUUGCUGUCAUGCCGAGGAGGGGAAGAGCAAGUCCAGGGUGUGUGCAAAUGUAUUCUGUGGGGCUGGCAGGGAGUGUGCUGUGACAGAGAAAGGGGAACCUUCUUGCCUGUGCAUCGAGCAAUGUAAAGCUCACAAGCGCUCUGUGUGUGGCAGUAAUGGUAAGACGUACCGCAACCACUGUGAGCUCCACCGCGACGCCUGCCUGACCGGCCUCAAGAUCCAGGUGUACCACGACGGACACUGUGAAGAGAAAAAGACAGACAAAGCUGUUGCUGCUAGCCCAAUCGUGUGCUACCUGGCCAACAGGAACGAGUUGCGCAGCCGGGUCAUCCAGUGGCUGCAGAAUGAGGUGGUCCCUGACGGCUGGUUCGCCAAGGGCUCCAACUUCUCCAACACCCUGCUCAAGUACUUUAAGGACUAUGACAAUGGAGACUCCCAGCUGGAUUCCACUGAGUUCCUUAAGUUCCUCCAGCACAACGAAACAGCCAUCAACAUUACCUCAUAUGCUGACGAGGAGAACAACCGCCUGCUCAGGAGCCUGUGUGUGGAUGCCCUCAUCGAGCUCUCAGAUGAGAACACGGACUGGCAGUUGAGCUUCGAUGAGUUCCUAAACUGCUUCAAGCCUGGCUUCAACCCACCAGAGAGAAAGUGUGCCCUGGAGGAUGAGACCUAUGAGGACGGGGCAGAGACUCAGGUGGAGUGUAACCGCUGUGUCUGUGCCUGUGGGAACUGGGUCUGCACAGCUGUGACCUGUGAAGAUAAAGUGCCUGCUGUGGAGAAGACUGAAGGUGCUGACCAGGAGAUGACAGAGGAGGAGUGGACACGGCGAGUGGCUGAGCUCAAUAAACAUCAGGAAACUGUGGAGAAGAUGAAAGUGAGCACUAAGGACAUUUGAGAGAGAGAGAGAGAGCACUCUUUCAGUCUCACCAUCAACAAUCACUAUCUGGCUGAAGCUUUGCAGCUUGUACUGUUGCUAAAGGAAUGCAUCACUAUUGUUUUUAGAUUUUAAAAUGUUAAUUAUUAUGAUUUUUUAAAAACUGUACCAAUGUCUAUUGUAAUAUUAUAUAUAAUAUUAUUUCAAGGAUGCUGCAGAUGUGAGCAAACUAGAAAAAUAUGUUGAUGAAGUGUGUGGAUUUGUAAUGAACAGGAUAAUAGUACUUGAGAGUGCUAUGGGUCACUCUUACUCAUUUGAAAUACACGAUUGUGUGGUCCGUCUGAGACAUACAUCGUCUGUGCAUGCUUUGCCAACAGUACUGCAAUACAUUUGAUCGUUGAUGUGUCUUUUGGGGAGCUGAUGCACGUCGGUCUCUCGGGAUAUAGGUGCUUUGGUUGGAUGACUUUGUUCGGGUACAAGGAUUGGGAAAAACAACUUCUACAAAACAUAUUUGAUGGCAUAACUGAAACCAAAGUUCAAAUGCAAGAUACCUGAAGUACAGUAUGUGUAGUAACUUUUAGAAAGUAAGUGCCUUACAUUUUCACUAAGACCUCGGGGACGUCUGUCACUUUGAAACCAUGCCAAAUGUAUGGUCUAAUUAGUUAGUAGCCUGUGUUUCUUUAGUUUGUUAUGUGUUUAUUGUCUCACUUUUAGAAUAAUACCAGCUCACUUUGUUUGCUUGUUUACAGGAGACUUUUAAUUAAACAUUUACUCCCUGUUGAUUAUUAAGACUACUGUAUUGUCAAACAGGUAUGCAAGCUUUAUACAUGUCAAUAAAUACAUUUAAUAGACAUA